CUGGGCUUUAAUAUGACUAAGCAGUGCCGCCUCGAGUGAGUUAAAAGCGGGUCCUUGCCAGCGUCAUGGGAUGCUGGUGGUCCAAGCUUCCGGCAUUCACGACUGGUGCUCGAUUGAAGCAAUUGGGGAUCCAACCGCAAGACGACUGCUGACUCCCAGCCGAACCGCGAACGACACGCUACUCCGGCCGCGAUGGCGAUUUCACCCACCCAGUUUGCCGUUACCACAAGGCAGUCGGCCAAUUGGUCCGACGCCAAGCGGAGGGUGCUUGCGGCAUAUCGAGACUGGAUCCGGGCGGCGCCAGAAAUCCAGACCAUGUAUUCGAUCCCUCGCCCCGUCUCGGCCAUCCGGACCCGCAUGAGGCAGGAGUUUGAGCGCCACCGAUACGUCAACAAGCUGCCAGCUGUCGAUGUUCUCCUUUUUCAGAGCAACGCCGACUAUCAAGAAACUAUGAACUUUUGGCGCCAGACGAACCAUCUCAUGUCCUAUUUCAAGGAGGAGAACUUCAGGGGGGAGAAAAGACUGCCGUCCGAUUUCGUCACUGGGUUUCUGGAGGGUCGCAACUAGAUCGAGCUGUCACAUGCUCCUGGUCCGAAUGUAUAUAAAGCAAUGGAAACUUCCUACAAAUCGCGAUGGGUCUACAAUAC